CUCCAGCGAUUUUCCUCUGUUGCCUGGCAGACCCAAAGAAAAUACCAGCCCUUUCACGCCCGGAAUCUCUGUCGCAAUGCCUGAGAUUGCGGAGGUCACUCGUGUCCUACAUUUUCUCAAAAAGCACGCCGUUGGCCGCACCAUCUCCUCGGUCGCGGCCGAGCAUGAUGACAUCGUGUACGGAAAGGUGGGCUGUAGUGCAGAUGCGUUCAAGAAGGCAAUGACGGGAAAGAAGAUCCUGGAUGCUCGCCAGCAAGGGAAAUACUUCUGGCUGGUCAUGGACUCUCCGCCACACCCGGUCAUGCAUUUCGGCAUGACCGGCUGGCUGAAGUUCUCCAACGACGACUCGAGCUUCUACAAGCCCACAAAAGACGAGGACAAGGUCUGGCCGCCCAAGUUUCGCAAGUUCGUGCUGAGCGUCAAGGGCAAUGACGGCGAGGAGGACAGGGAAGUAGCCUUUGUAGAUGCUCGGCGGCUCGGCAGAAUACGACUUGUAGACUGCGAGGCGGAUCAGAUAAGAAAGAUGAGCCCGCUGAAGGAGAAUGGGCCAGACCCGGUCAUCGACAAGGACAUACUCACGCAGGAUUGGCUUAAGAAGAAACUGCGCAGCAAGAAGGUGCCCGUUAAAGCGCUGCUGCUGGAUCAGGCCAACAUAUCAGGCGUAGGAAAUUGGGUGGGCGACGAGGUGCUCUACCAAGCGCGUAUUCACCCUGAGCAAUACAGCAACACGUUGAGCGACUCGCAAGUCAAAGACCUCCACACCGCUCUCAUUGACGUGUGCACUACCGCAUGCGACCUCCUGGCAGACGCAGACAAAUUCCCCAAAACGUGGUUGGUGAAACACCGCGCAAAAGGCAAGAAAGGCGCGGGUGUGCUGCCUAAUGGAGACAAGAUCAUACAUCUCACCGUCGGUGGACGCACAUCUGCUGUCGUGCCCAGCGUGCAGAAGAAGACGGGCCCCGUGGCUGGCGAUGCUGACGAGCAAGACGAGCAAGACGAAGAAGAUGAGAAGCCAGCGAAGAAGGCGAAAAGGGACAAGGAGCCUACAAACGGUGUGGAGAACGACUCGCUGAAGAAGAGGAAAGCCACUGCAGAUGCCGUUAAGGAAGAGCAAAACGCACCGAAGAAAGCAAAGGAAGCAAAGGAAGCAGCGACACCAACAACGGGACGCAGGCGCUCAGGUCGAGGUGCCAAAUGAUUGAUCAUCUCCUUUGUUCAUUUCGUCAUGUGGACUCCGUCAGAUGUGCCCAUGUCUUUUGCUGCUCUUGGAGUGCACAGAAGGUCUAUUUUUCUUUAUUUUUUGUUCUCUAAAUAAAAGGGCAUGAUUCAUCUCUACCAUAGCCUGAAGUAGAGUUAUGAUGUGUAUGCAGAGAGUAAGUGCUGAUCCCUAGAAUAUGGGGUAUACAAUUAAGAUCACAUGAUUUUGUUUGAAGGGAAGCUUUAUUGCA